AUGGCCUCGCUGACCCGUGCAGUUACCCGUUUGGCCCUCAGCGGCCGCCAAGCCGUCCGCUCGAUCGCCACCACCACUCCAGUCUCCGGACACAGCGACGACAUCAUGGAGAAGUGGCCAGCUGACAGUAAGUGUCUUUUUUAGUUAUUAAAAUGUGUGCUUUGAGCUAAAAAUACGCUAUAACAAAUAUUACGAGCAAAAAGCAGAUUUUUUUUCCAGAAUUCGACAAGCACUUCAUCGACUAUCUAGGCCGCCCGGAAAUCGACGGAUGGGAGGUUAGAAAGGGUAUGUACUGUUUACAAUUCAAAAAUUGAGAAAUUUACAUAUUUUUAACGCGUUUCUUUCAGCUCUUACCGAGUUGCACGACUACGACGUGAUCCCAGACCCUAAUGUCGUCGAGGCUGGACUCCGGGCCUGUCGUCGCGUUAACGAUUUUGCGCUCGCCGUCCGUUUCCUUGAGGCCAUCAAGAUCAAGUGCGGAAGCCAGAAAAACCGUGACACGAUCUACGCUUACAUCGUCAAGCAAGUGAGUCGAAGAAAUUCAGCCGAAAAGUCCCUUUCCGCUUAUCCGUUCUGGAAUUUUUCGAAAAAUAAAUGGGGAACGGGAGCAGAAUUAGCUAUAUUUUCGUUGAAUUUGUAAUUUUUCUGCUGCUCGCUUUCAGGCAGUUUUUGAAGUGUUUAUGCCAAGAGAGAACAGCUAAUUUUCUUUUUUUAGGUGGAGCCAGUUCUCAAGGAGCUCGGAAUCGAUACGCCGGAACAGCUCGGAUACGCCGAGCCGGAGUUCUUUGUGCCGCAGCCAGAGUACUGGUGGGAGAAGAAGUGGUACAAGGACUACGGAUACGACAAGCUACCAAACGUCCAAAUCUAA